CCGUCUUUCCCUUCUCCCAACUGCCGUGGCGACGCCGAGCGGCGAGAGCAUCAGAGCAACCAUGGCCACGCCUCCACCGCGGCGACACCGAGCGGCGAGAGCAACCAUGGCCACGCCUCCGCCGCCGGAAAUCCUCCACUGCCGCUCGCUGCUGGAUCUGGCCGCCGACCUCAUUCCUGAGAUCCUCCUCCGCCUCCCGCCGCACGACCCCGGGCAACUCGUCCGCUGCACGACCGUCUGCAAGCCCUGGCGCCGCCUCCUCACCGACCCCGCCUUCCUCCGCCGCUACCGCGAGUUCCACGGCCCGCCUCCGAUGCUGGGCUUCCUGUUCUACCUCGAGCUCCCCCGCGAUCGAUUUGUCGCGCGGUUCGUCCGCACCACCCCCUUCCGCCCUCGCGCCCUCGACCACCGCGGCUGCUACGUCCGCGACGCCCGCCACGGCCGCGUCCUAUUCUCCAACGUCACCAACGAGGAGACUAAACAUGAUCUCCUCGUGUGGAACCCCAUCACGGGUGAGCGGUGGGGGCUGCCCCUGCCGGUGAUAUCGGGCAUGGAGUGGAACGUCACGGUGCUCUGCGCCGCGGCCGCGCGCGAGGGGGGCGGCGAGUGCGACCACCUCGACUGCCACAGAGGGCCUUCCCUCGUGGCAUUCGUAGGAAGCGACGAAGAUGGGACCACGUGCGCCUACGUCUAUUCGUCGGAGGCCGCCACCUGGAGCGACGCGGCCUACGCCGAGCACAACAAUGACCUCGCCAUCAUGGACAUGGAGCCCUGCACGCUCGUUGGGAACAGGACCUACUGCCUCGCGGCAGAGAGCAAGACCAUCGUGGAGUACGACUUGGGUCGCCGGAAACUAGCGUUCAUCGACCGGCCAUUAUCGUACCAGGGUCGCGCUGUCCUCAUGCCGGCAAUGGGUGGUGGUCUGGGGUUCGCCGGCGUGCGGGGGUCCUGCCUCUACCUGUGGUCGAGAGAGACCGGUCCUGACAGGACCGCGACAUGGACGCAGAGCAGGGUCUUGGAACUCAGCACACUGCCCGGCCGUGCCCCCUUGAACGAACCAGCUACGGUUGGCUUCGCGGAGGGCCUCGGCGUCAUCUUCGUCCGGACAGAUGCUGGCGUCUUUGCGAUUAACCUCAAGUCAGGUCGAGUCAAGAAGAUGUCCAACCGAGAGGGCAUCUACCAUGUCAUUCCUUACACGAGCUUCCAUACUCCAGGUAAUUUCUAG